CCUAACCUUAGCCUAACCUGUUCAAAGUAAUGAAAAUUGUGUUGCAGCAGACGAAACCAAAGACAAAUUAUCCGUCUAUCAUUUAAAAUUGAAAUAGAAAUAUAAAUAAAUGUGUUAAAAAUGGGAAAACCAAAGGAUUUAAGUACUGACGAAGAUCUUAAUAUCGAUCCUAAUCUUGUUUUAUUACAAAAGAAGCAUAAAAAGCAUAAACAUAAGAAACAUAAAAAGAAAAAAUUAUCAAUUGAAGAUUCAACAUUUUUGGAUAUAACUGCAGACUCAGAAAAAAAGAAACCUUUUAAAGUGAAAAAGAAGGAGGAUGAGAAAAGUAUCGAUAAGGUACGUGAAAAAGCCAAAGUACCCACAUUGAAUAUAGCAGGACCAAGUACAUCAACAUCACCAAAAGUACCAACAAAAAAGAAAAUGCCCAAGAACAAUAAGGGAAAAGACAGUGGCACUAGUAGUGAAGAAGAACGAUGGCUAGAUGCCAUUGAAUCCGGUAAAUUAGAAGAGGUAGACGAUGAGCUUAAAAAAAUAAAGCCAAAAGAUCCAAAAUUAAUGACUGCACGUCAACGAGCAAUGUUCGAACGUAAAACAGACGCUGAACCAAAUUCUAGUGUCGAACAACUUGUUUCCUUACCAACUGGAUAUAAAGAAAAAGUCAUGACAGCCGAAGCAAUUCAAAAAGCGGCUCUAAAAUCAUUAAAACGGAAACAAUUGGCUGAUGAAAAAAGAGAGAAAGAUAAGAAAAAAACAAUGGAAAGACUUUUAAAGAAACAAGAGUCUAAAGCAUCGAAAAUUAUAAGUAAGGGAAAACCCUCCCGGCGAUUAGUUCCAUUGAUCACCUAUAGAUUGACACUAGAAGGAAGUUCCAUAUCUUUGCCGCUAGGAGAAGACUUUCCUUUACGUCAAAUGAAAGAACCAGAACCAGCUUCAAUUGUCAUUUGUGGAGUGCCUCAAUGUAAUCGAAUAAAAAAGUAUUCCUGCUCGAAGACUGGUAUUCCUUUGUGUAGUUUACAAUGUUAUAAGUCAAAUUUAGCUGCAAUAUUGUCAUAAACAUGAACAGUAAAAUUUUCUUUUAUUUAUUGUUAAAUGAUACAUAAUAUUAAGUUACAUGCGAAUAAACUAUUUUUGUAAAA